GUCACAGCAACAAGCACACAAUCUCUAGCUAACAGCAAAGCAACGACCUACACCGAGCUGACGACGGCCAUGGCGUCCGGGCAGGAGAGCAGGCAGGAGCUGGACCGCAUGGCCCGCGAGGGCGAGACCGUCGUCCCCGGCGGCACCGGCGGCAAGAGCCUCGAGGCGCAGGAGCACCUCGCCGAGGGGCGCAGUCACGGCGGGCAGACCCGGAGCGAGCAGCUGGGGCACGAGGGGUACAGCGAGAUGGGGAGCAAGGGCGGGCAGACCCGCAAGGAGCAGCUGGGCCAUGAGGGCUACAAGGAGAUGGGGAGCAAGGGCGGGCAGACCCGGAGCGAGCAGCUGGGGCACGAGGGCUACAGCGAGAUGGGCAGCAAGGGUGGGCAGACGCGCAGCGAGCAGCUCGGCCACGAGGGGUACAGCGAGAUGGGGCGCAAGGGCGGGCUCAGCACCAAGGAGGAGUCCGGCGGGGAGCGCGCCGCCCGCGAGGGCAUCGAGAUCGACGAGUCCAAGUUCAGGACCAAGUCCUAGAUGCCGCGCCUGCUCCGCCGUGUACGUGCGGCGCCGUAGCAUGUAGCUGCAGGCAGGGUAGUGUGGUAGUGUUAAGCCUAGCUAGCUAGUCGAAGACGUGCUGCUCUCGUAGUCGUAGGGAGCUUGAGAUUGGCACGCGUGUGCUCUGAA